CAGCCGCAUGCAGUCCACCUUGUCCUCAGUCCCAAUGCAUGUUUUUCCAGUUUGCGUGAGCGUUUGAAAGUAGCCAGAAGCAGAACUACAGCAUCCCAGUGACACAGUCUGCGCGGAAACUAGGCCUCUGGAAAUGGUACCAGGGAUUUUGUCGUCCUUUUCUGCGAGCCUUGUCACAACGGGGCGUGACGCAGCCGCUGUACAAAUUUCAACCCUUGUCUACUCCUUUGGAGAUCGAAUAUGCGUGUAAGGAACUAGAAGAAGUUUAAAGCUUCUCUUUUCCGCCAGUCUGCUUCAUGGCUGCUAACGCUUCAACGAUCCAGCAACAAUACGCCUCUGGCUUCCCGCCGCCGCCGUUCUUCUUUCUGGAAUAUGGCACCCCUGCAGGGACCGUGCCGCAGUUUGUUACUGAGGAGACACUGAGUAAAGAUUCUGGCUGUUUGAAUGGAGCAGCACAGCCCAGUCCGUCAACAUGUGAACUUCCAGUUCAAGAUGCUGCGUGUGAAGAGGCGAGCAGGCGUAGACGGGAGGGCCUGUUGAGCGCCUGGAGGUGGGGAGGUCGACCUCCUCCAGAACCGGUGAAAGACUUUUGGACUGCGUUUGGGACGACAUACAGCGAAACGUAUCACGAACCCACUCUUGAUUCGGAUACGCUCAUGUAUGUCGACAGUGAACAGGCAGUGGGCAGUGCCGAGAAUGGAGACCGGUUAGACUCCGCGGUGGGAAAGCAACCAGUUGAUUUGAAAGACGAAUUCAAACGGCUCUACGGCAUGUAUGUAAAGGAAUCCUUCGGGCUUCUAGACGUGCUUGCACGCGGAGGGGGAGAGGGCGGACAGGCGAAUAAAUGGAGAAAAAUUGUGAAACUUCACAAGAAUCUGCUGCACAUUCUGACCAGGUUACGCACGUUCCAGGCAGAGGAGGAAGUUCUGGAAAGGCUAAGUCGGCAGCUGGAGAAACGCGUAGAAGCAACCGAGAGCCUGAAACGAAGCCUUAUCGCUUCUGUGUCUCUCCUAGAACAGCAACUUGGGAAAGGCUCUUCCAAAUCCAAGGUCGCUGAACCUAUCGACGGGAAAUCUUAACGUGUAGUAUCCACCCACGACUGAUCAGGAGUGCGGGCGUAAAAGGCCGCGGAGUUUUGCCUGUCCGCCACCGUAUCAAAACUGCUUGUGGGUGUCCCUUUCAAUAGUCACCCUAGUGUUUUCAUACGCCCACGAAAUAUGCUGAAACAUAAACUCUGCGGAUCUGUGCUGGUGCGCAGCGCUGCUAAAGUCUUUUUCAAGUUUGACGAAUGUUCACCAGUGAGUGAACAGAGUCAAUAGUUUGCUUUAGCAGCCUGAUUCUGGCUCGAGCGGCAAGCAAUGCGUUUGAGACAACACAUUGGCAAGGGAAUACUACGGCGAAUGAGGCCUUUUUUACUUACGCACAUGGUGCUCAACCUUCAGUUUUUCAGUUACCCAUGUACACGAUGAGCUAAUCGAAGUAAUGUGCCACUGUCAACGUGGAAGAAAAUGGCGUGUUGGUGACGUUCGUUGUUCCUAUACAGUUAUGGGCUCAGAACAACUUGGGUGCAGAUGAUAUACUUGUGUGUCAAGACAGUUGCGCUAAUGGUCCUGUGGAUGACUUGAUAUAGUGGCUUGAAGAGAAAGUUCUUUUGUCGCUGUUCUACGGUAACCGAGAUCCUGAUAGAUCAAAACUGUCGUGUGAUGACUAUAA